AUGUUCGCCUUUGCUCCGGCCUUUCCACAGCCAACGUUCUCCCCGCGGCUCGCCUCUCAUCACCAGUUCGCCGUAACUGCCACAUGCCCUAUGUCGGACCAGAAUACCCCCAUAACCCCAAAGAAUAGAUCAAGCCGAGAUACAAACCAUACAAACCAAUUCAGUCCGACACCCUUCACCUUCUCGCUUUCUUCCCCGGCAGCCCCGGCAAGCCCAGCAGCCAUACACCCGGCUUCCUCGCCAUCACAUUUCGCCCAGCGAUAUGCAGCAACCAUAAGCCGACCUGCCGCACGAGUGACAGAGCGACAAUCCAGAGAAACGCGACGAGAUGCUUUUUUGAACAGAGUCAAACGCGGUCGUCGUGCGAACCAGUUUGACGCGCGAAGUGAUCAGAUCCAGAGAAAUGAUUUCUUAGAGCAGCAGAAGCGAUUUGAGGAGGAGAUGGCGAAGUCAGGUCCUCAAAUUGAGUAUUUGGAGGAUGGCGAUGAGGAUGAAGCGGAGGAGUAUCUUGCUGAGCAGGAUGAAGAUUUUGACGAAGCGUUAUUGGAAGACUUUAUUGCCGAGGAGGAAAACGAGUAUAUGGCUUUAGUUGAGGAUGCGCCGGGGAAUGGAGCCGGCGGAGAGUCACUUGAUAGUGACAUGUUCGACGAUGAUAUGCUAGUUGAGCUUCUCGAUCGAAUUGAGUCCAAAUCCCACCAUCAGAUGGAUACAUCGGGAUCCUAA